AUGGGGGUCGAUGCAGUCAAACCUACGGCCAGCCAGGGACAGCAGUGGUGCACAAAGGCCUCGGACCCGAGACACGAGAAAGAGCGCAGAGGCUACGCACGACACGAACAAAGGUGCAAAGGAUGGUUACAGUCUCAUAUGGAUCAGGCAGGCAUCACGCAAGGCCGUCGUAGAGAGCUCUCGGUGCAAGCUUUUACGCCUGCACAAGCCACGCGCGCCCCAUAG